AUGCUCGUCUCCAAAUUCGAGAUGCCCGAUGACGUCAACGUCUUCUCGAAAUCGAAGCGGAAGGGAUUCGUGGUCGACGACGUGGAUAUGGAGGACAAGGUCAAUGGAAUCUUCGCGUUAGACGCGCUUCCAGUCGAGAUUGUCGCCAAAAUCGGAAGUCAGCUCGGAUUCAACGACGUCGUCUCGUUCCGUCAGUCGAGUCAAGCCAUGAAUCAAGUGUACCGAGAGUUCAGAGGACUUAUGAAAGGUCCGGAGAUCCACGUUUUUGUCAAUAUUGAGGAGGGACAAGUUGUGACAAGCUUCCGCGGACACCGUCAAUAUCGAGGAGCGACUCACCUCGUCCUCCGAUCAGAUAGACCGAUGAUAUUCCGAAAUGCUGAAAUCACGUUGACCAUCAGACUCGGUGAGACGCCGAUGACGCCAGAAGCUGCCGCUGAAAUUCUGGAGACUUUCGAAAAGUCGCAGAUUGUGAGAAUCCAGUUGAGAGCUGAGAGUUGCUCGUGGAUAACAAAGGAUUUGAUAAAUGAAUUGGAGUCGCCGAGUGUCGAGUUGAAUGUCAGACGGUACCAUGAGUGUAUUCCGGAAGUUAGGAAUCUAACCGACCUAAAGAUCCGUCAAGAAAUGUACUUCUUCCAACUCCAAACGAUCCUCGCCAUAAAUCUCCCGAGCCUCAGCGUCCACGUCACCAUCGCCUCGCUUCCCAAAGUUUUCGAGUGUAUCGACGAGUGGCGAGAGUCUCGCCGAGACAUUCUCAGCUGGUUCUUCAAAAUCCCAUUCGUCGAAAUCAAUCCGACAUUCCCACGACUCGAAAUCGAUUGGCGGAGAUCGGUGAUGGACAGAAUCGACCGUACCGCCCGUCUUCGUAUGCACACGAGAAUUGGCGCGUUGGAGGAGGGCGACGCGAUGCAAUACCAGACGAUUAGCUGGGUCAUGUCAUAG